GGUGAAUGUUUGUGACUACAGGCCAGCCCAGUACACAUCAGGUGAAGUGUUGGCAAACAGAGCCUGGACUGACAAGGUUAACAUCAUAGCAUUGAGGAAGAGACCAUCGAUGCCCUUUAACAUGUAUGACAGCGAGAGCGGUGUGGACAGGCGAAGCUACGCGGGUCGAUACCUCGUCAUCGCGGGACUACCCUUGAACCCGCACGGUCGCACGGGGAUGACAGGACGCGGCAGCCUCGGCUGCUGGGGUCCCAACCAUCGGCUUCACUGCAUCGUCACCAGGUGGAAGAGAGAUGGGCAAGAGGACAUCUGCUUGAACGAUGGUGCGCAGGUUCUGGAGUUUGUUGCCGUAAAGAUGCAAGGCAGCCAGUUGUGGGAACUUCCUGGGGGAUUCCUGUCCAAAGGGGAGAGAUCAGAUAUGAAGACCGCUGCAAAUGGUUUCAUGACGAAUGUGCUUGGCAUAAACGAUGAUGUCACCAAGAAGAGUUUACAACAUGCUUUCAAUCAUGGAAGAGUGAUAUGUGAAGGUUACGUGGACGACCCCCGCAACACCGACAACGCUUGGGUCGAAACAAAGGCCGUCAACUUUCACUACGAGCCGGAACCACCUUUCACGAUCAAC